CAAGGCCAUGGAGGAGGAGGAGGAGGCGGCGGCGGCGCGCUGAGUCCCGCGGCCCCGAACGAUGCCUCAGCACGGCGGCGACCUGGCGCGUUUCUACACCGUCACAGAGCCGCGGCGACAUGACAAGGGUCACACGGUCUACAAGGUCACCGCCCGGAUUGUUUCAAGAAAGAAUCCGGAGAAGGUUGAAGAGAUAGUGGUGUGGAAGAGAUAUAAUGAUAUUAAGAAGCUGCACAAGGAGCUGUGUAUGAUCCAUCGAAACCUUUUCCAGAGGUCUGAAGAAUUUCCACCUUUUGCAAAAGCAACUGUUUUUGUGAAUUGCCAGGCUAUGAGCAGCCUUGCUUGCACAGGACGCUUUGAGGAUUCCGUGAUUGAGGAGAGGCGACAGUGCGCCGAGGACCUGCUGCAGUUUUCAGCCAACAUCCCGUCCCUCUACAACAGUCGGCAGCUGCAGGAGUUCUUUGAGGGUGGUGAUAAGCACGAAGGAUCGGACAUAAUUGGUCCAGCCGACAGCCCAACCGACUCUUUCUCUGAAUCUCUACACCAGGGACCCGAAGACUGGCUACAGGACAAGGUCCCGCUGUCAUCGCACGCGAGGGAGGACGGCGGUGAUCGAGACGAAGAGACGGAGAGUGUGGACACGCUGCCCGACCUUCCCGACAUCUUGUUGACCUCCCCAGCGCCUGGCGCGGCAAGCGGCACGGGGUCCGGCUGCAGUGGGCUGGAUGUGUGCGGCCCGGCGACGGGAGGCGGGGUGAGUGAAGCCACCGCGGACAUUCUCCUACCGAACCUUCCCUCAACCGCCGGGGAGAUGGAGCCUCCCGCCUCCCCCUUCUCAUCGCCGUUAUCUCCGGACGGCGUUCCCGGCGACGACCAGGCCGAUGAUUGGCCAGACGGCGCCGGGGCUGGGAGGCCAGCCAUGGGCCGGCAGGACAGCCUGUUCAGCCUCUCCACUGCCGGUCGAGGGAAAGACGACUACCUGGUGGUAGCCAGUCAGCAAAUCCAUCUGGCGCUAGCCCAGGAGGUGCUCGGGAACUACCAAGGUGCCUUCGAUGCCUACAAGAUGGGCGUUGACCUACUCCUGCAGGGCGUGCAAGGUGACACGAACACGGUGCGGCGCGACAUGGUGAAGAGGAAGACAGCGCAAUACCUGUUGCACGCCGAGGAGAUCUACACCAGCCACCUGCAGGCCCUGCCGGAGACGGGGGCCAUGGCACAGGCUGACCGGCAGGGUUUGAGCUUUGGACCUCCGAACCUCUGUGCUUCGCCAUUGGAGGAGCUAAAAAAAUUCCGAGUUCUUGGCGUCAUAGGCAAAGUGCUGCUUGUGCUUGACCCGAAAAGCGGGGAAACGUUCGUCAUGAAGGGGCUUAGGAAGAGCAGCCAGAUGAGCCAGAUCCAGAAGACGGUGGUGGUGCGCAGUGUGCCCUUCUUGGUCCAUCUCAUCCGCUACUUCUCCACCGAGGACUCCAUCUUCCUGCUGUUGCGCUACGCCACCGGAGGACAGCUGUGGUCCAACGUGAGCGGAUUUCUGAACCGGAGCCCCGAGGAGAGCGUGGAGUACGCGAGGGAAGCCGAGGCGGAUGGCACAGACUCCAGCAGGGAUUCGGACGGGCAGCGAGCAGGCGUCGCCGCACUCCUCGUCCCUCAAGUGGCCACGUCCUCGCCGGCCUCGUCCUCCGAGCCGCCCCAGGCCCCGCUCGCUGACAUCACCGAGAUCAGCAAGGGCAGCUCGUACGACGACGGUAGCACUUCCGAAGACGGCGACGAGGAGGAGGAGGACGAGGAGCUGGAUGACUCGGAGGUGAAAGGUGACGACCGCUCUCUGUCCACAGACUCCGGUGAGAGAGAAUACUCCAACAGCUACCUCAGCUUGUUCCAGGAGUACCAGCAGGAGGCCGAGCAGCGGGUGACGGAGGAGGUGGCUCAGCCUGUGAACGCGUUCUCCGCCGCCACGGACGGGGCCGACUCGAACUCUCAGUGCCAGGAGAUGAGCGGACAGUCGAUGUCGCAUCUGAGCUCGGACAGCCUGUGCUCGCCCGCCACGCUGCAGGAGCACGUGUUUUUCCCGGCCGAAGGCAUUUCGGACGUCUUCGCGGAGCCACCCCGCUCUGGCGACCACCUGCGCGAUUCAAAGAGCAGCCCGAUGGAGCUGUUCAGGAUCGACAGCGGCGACAGCGGCGGCGACUUCCCCUUCGUCGACAGAGUGGACAGCUCGGAAAGGAUGUCGGCGGCGCAGGCGGCCGAUGGCCGGGACACGAGCGACACGAUCGAGGACGUGGUGGCCCAGAACGAGAGGAUGAUGAAAAGGAUGCACGACGAGCUGGACGUUUGCGUGGACGCUGGAGUGAUUGACGACAAGUCUGACUCCGCCUCUGAAGUCAUUCCCAUCAUUUCCUUCAGAGAAGCUGCCGAAGAGGACACUUUCAGCCACGGCAGUGGGAGAAGCGAUGUGGGAACUUUCUACGCGAGACCUCGCCCGGAAUCGGCGGCGAGCGGAGCGCAAGAAAUUAUAGGAACUCCGGACUUGUUCGCGACGGAUUCCACGCUACUCUGUGUAACAGACGGUGUGGAACAGAGUGAACAGGAGGACCGUCACUCAGGGAUGAUAGCCGUUUGUGGUGAGAGCGACGAUCAUGUUACAAAUGAAAUAGAAUCUAAGGAAGACAGUAAUGGAGUUGUGUCCGGUGCCGACGUGGCUCUGGGCGCCGCGGUUGACGCAACAACGGAGGUGAGCAGAACAAACGACGAAGGGAGAGUCGAAGCAGACUCCGACCUCGGCACGGUGGUCGACAGUGUCCGCGAAGGAGACAAAAGACUCGAGAGCAAUUCUCACGAUCACUCCACCAAGACGAACGUGGACAACGGCAAUGCCACGUUUGGAGACGUGUACGCUAGUCAGGGCCUGUUGGAGAGCGCGGCGACGAUGGCGAUGGCGGCGGUGGCGCUGCCUUGGGUCGACGCCACCCGUGCCGAAGCCGAGGCAAUCGCCACUGCGCCCACCGCCACUUGCCCGGAGAGUCUGCCGGUGUCGGAAGUACGGCGACACGCCGACGAGGAGGACGACGGUGACGACGACGUUGAUGCGUCUGCCGUGGCGGCGACGCGGUCUCGUGACGUCUCUCAGGUCUUCCGGGAGCUGGAGGAGGCGCGUUCGCGGGCGACCGAGUGCCGGACCUGCCUGCCCGAGGGCUGCGUGCGGCAGUGGGCCGCCGAGAUGGUCAUGGCAGUGGAUGGCCUCCACCAACACGGCCUCAUCUGCCGCGACCUCAACCCCUCCAACAUCCUGCUCGACGACAGGGGACACAUUUUGCUCACCUAUUUUGGCCAGUGGAGCGAAGUGGACUGGAGCUGCAGCAGCCUUGCACAGGAGCAGUUCUACUGUGCCCCGGAGGUCGGUGGUAUUGCUGAGGAGACCGAGGCCUGUGACUGGUGGAGUCUUGGUGCCAUAAUGUUUGAACUCCUGACGGGACAGGCACUGCACAUGUGCCACCCGACUGGCAUCACAACGCACACUACGCUACACCUGCCCGAGCAUCUCUCCCCAGAGGCUGCCUCGCUCCUCCGCCAGCUGCUGCAGUUCAACGCGUGGGAGCGGCUGGGAGUGGAGGAGAUUCGAGCGCACCCCUUCUUCUCGACGGUGCAGUGGGGCCGGCUGGCCGGUCACUGAGAGCCCACGUAGAGCCCAGGCUGCUGUCGGCCAGUCACUCCGCCGCACCACUACUCGCCUUGUCUUGCCCAGAUGUGCUGCGGAAGCGUCAAGGGCCGACACUCUCCACCCCGGUUUGCGCCACGAGCAAGGUGUCCCGCAAUGCUGCCGUGGCCCACGGCGGGAGUGGUCAACUACAAUUUUGAUGGCUGCACUUUAACAGCGUUGGUCCGGUCGAAAUGUUGCCAACAGCCAGCGCGAUUGUACGUUCUUGUUGUUUUCACUGGUAUGAUGUUGUUGGUUCGUGUUGUGUUGUUUUUUUUUUUUGUCGUAUGAAGAACAUUGUCCUUGCACAGUGUCUGGUGAAACGUCACUUCAGGUGGGUCGGAACAAAAUAAUAACGUGGAGAUGUGGCUGCCUCUGAAGACAGAUGAUUAGCUAAAGGCUUUAGAAGAGUGUCUCUGCUGUGAUUUUCUAAUGACUCCCAGUCACUGAUUCUGAACAUAUCUCAUUGGGGGGGGGGAUAAGGUGAUCUCUGAAAAACUUUUGAUUGUUUUUAUUAUUUGUGUGCCAUGCGCGGGUGCUGUACGUGUAACCUCAUUCCUGAAAGAAAGAAAAAAAAAUGCACUCAGAUUUGCGCGUGCAAUAUUUUGUAACUUUGAUUUUUCCGCGGCUGCGAUUGGUUGGGGUGGGGGGGGGGGGUGCGGGGCGGGGUGGGGGGGGAUGGUUACGAUGAGACGCGCGACGCCCGUUAAAAGUUCGCCCCCCCCCCCCCACCGCCUCUUGUCACGUUUUGGCUAAAUGGCGAUGACGUGACGCGUGCAGUGUGCGCCGCCUCGAUCGUUGUGUGUCCUCAAAAGAGAAUGUGAGCAGGUGUUUGCCUUGUCCCACAUCACAAAUGCGACGUCGCCUUGUUGUUAGUUGCGCAGAAGGUAUCACGUGCCAGGCGGUCUCAGUUUAGCACUGUACUCUGUAACUGCUGUAGGACUGGAUUACAUGUUCCAGAAUUGGCCUGUGGCUUUCGGUGGUUUUAUAUUGCUUUUCAUGAUUGUAUGAUAUGCAAAACAAUAUAUAUGUAAAGCAUUACAGGCUAUAAAUGGGCAAAAAUGCUGUCUUCGUGAAAAUACUGGGCUUUUCCAAAGAAAACGGAUUCAUGAGGGCACCCCCCAUUCGUGAAUUAGCCCCAUAUUUUAAGGGCAUGUCCUAUCUUGUGAGAAUAUCUGAAAGGUCCGUGUUGUAACGCUAACCGACGCUAACCUGACGCAGUACGUGGUGCCGGGAGCUUGGCAAUUGCCCGCAGGGUGAUUUCUGCCCGUUGAAUUAAUUUAAAGUGUUCCCAUGUUUUGGCGCUUUUUUUAUCUGCAAGCAAUCGGCACCUGUGUUAAUUAUAAAUACCUUGAAACUUGGUACUUGCUUGGGCUUGGUGACUUUAGGGAAGUGCAUUUCCUGGCACGGUGGCAAAGCCAAUGCAUUCUUUUGAAUAGAACUCGAAAUGCUGAGAAUCUGAGAUUUAGCCAUGCAACGAUUUGCCUCUUCUGCAAUUCAAUGCAUUGUAAUAUUCAUACUCUUUGGUUCUUUCGGUAAAGUCACGUAGGUAUAAAAUAAGGUGAUGGGCGCUUGUGUUGCGCCCGAAACGUCGCGAUUUAUUUUUUAUUUUAUUUUACCGAAAGGACCAAAGAGUAUGGAUUCCUGCAGUCACGAAAGCUUCAAAUCAAUGCAUUGUAAUGUUCGUUUAAAGAUUCGAAUUACUAUUUAACAUUGUGGUGCAUGGAGGACAUGUGUUGGCUCCAAGGGUCACGUGAACAUCUCGCAUACGAGGGUGGCACCAAGAGUGCCGAGCCUGGCGCAGAAUGAUUUAGCGGAGAUCACUGAUGCUGCUACAACUGCUCACAGUCCAUGGUUGAGUAUAGCCAUAGAGCCAGGGUACAAUAUCCAUCUAUUGCAGGUAGACCAUGAUGGAUGCUGACGAUUAUUAAAUUAAGCAUUGUGCUCUCCCGACAUUUUUGACACGAGAACACGAAACCAUGAUUUAAUUUCCAAACACAAGUGGAAAGUGUUACAACGCGACAAUGCACCAUCAUACGCGACAACGGACAUACUGCAGGUUGCUGAUUUUCCGUCGUGACAGAACGGACCCUUGAAGAUGACCGCAGGGUUGGGGCGGCCAGCGACUGCGGUGAACGAGGGAAAUAUCAAGGCUGUGCGACACGCGGUUUUGUAAGACCGCAGCCCAAGUCAGCUGACACCUUUGGCAUUGGCGUGGGAUCGGUGGAAACAAUGAACCAGGCAAUGAAACAAUAAGAAUAGGUUUUGAUUUAUAGCUUUUGUGACUGCAGGGAUUCAUAUUCUUGGUUCUUUCGGUAAAGUCACGUAGAAGGGAAAUAAUAAAUAAUAAAAAUAUAAAACAAUAAACAUUCUCACGACGUUUCGACUGUAACAAGCAAUCAUCAGGUGUGAAAUCCACAGCAAGAAAAUUUGAAAAAAGUGGCGGUUUUUCCUAACAUCAGCACCAAAGACUUGGUGCUGCUGUGGAUUUCACACCUGAUGAUGAUUGUGUUGCAGUCGAAACGUCGUGAGAAUUUUUAUUGUUUUAUAUUUGUAUUAUUUUAUUAUUUCCCUUCUACGUGACUUUACUGAAAGAACCAAGAAUAAUAAGAAUAGGCUUUACCCUUUCCAGCAACACCGCAAGUGUUAAGAUGUUCAAACACCAAAUAAGACAUCUAUCGUAAGGCAUUAAGUCUGCAUUUACCACACGUGUUGCCACAAGUAUGUGGGGUGAAUGCAGACUUUUGAUGCCUUUUAAUAUGUACGGUGCAAAACAAUUUCAACAUUCAUGCACCUCUGAUGGGCAUGGUUGGUGAUGUACGGUGGGAAAGAAAUUCAACAUUUGAACAUCUCAAAACCUGUGUUAUUGCCAGAUAUGGUAAAGCCUAUUACACUGGUCAACACACUUUUUCUGGCAUAAGGUAUUCCAACGGUUUUAAGGUAAUUUUGGGAUGCUGAUUCCAAAUCUGGCAUCAGUUUUUGUCUAUCACAUCAGGUUUUUGAUAUAUCAAAUAUUGCAUUUUCAAUAAAAACUGCAGAAGAAAAAUAUUAAAUAAAUGUGGAUAUCUACAUAAAAUGAUAUUAUAAACACACUAUCCUAAAAAUACAGCACCAUAUUUUAAUACUAAAGCAGUCACUGACUCGCAACAACUUGCAAUCAUAAGUGACAGAGUUAAUUUCGGGUAAAAUCAAUGAAGAUGGGGUAUGCCGAUAGAAAAAAAACGAGAUGUGAUAGAGCAAAUCUGAGAUCAGAUUUGGAAUCAGCACCCUGAAAUUAGUCUAAAACAGCUGCAAAAGUCCAGGCCAGAAAUUUUUUUUUUGUUGACCAGUAUUGUUUAAUCAUUUCGAUACAGGCAAAAAGUGUCCCAUAGACAAUGUGUGCACGUCAGGUUGCCACGACACCGACACGGCAUCAAGAGCGAUCGUCAAACGGUGACUUCCCCUGACAAUCUUGUCCGGGCGGAGAAUGACUGGGGCAUAGUUGUAAGUAGGCGAUUCGCUACCGGCGACGAGGCCUGGAGUUUACCGACACGACCCCGAACGGCAGUCGCUCCAGCUUCUCCCAACAGCCAAGAAAAUCAAGCCAGAGCGCCUUGCAGGGAAGACCUUGCUCGCCACUGCAUGGGAUUCUGCGAGGAGUGUGGUGCACGUGUACUUCAUGGCCCACAAGCAGCCGAUCGCAGAUCAUUUUACAGACUGCCUCUGUCUACCUGCAUUGGUUAAUAAGCAAAGUGCUCUUGGAAAGGUGAGCGUGACUCACUUGUUGUUGUGCGCAACAACGCUCCAGCACACACUGCAAGAGUUGUAUGCUGAUGCCGUCAAUGAGUUUCACUUG